GUGACCACGGCCUCAGGGACCAAAUGCUUCGCCUGCCGCUCGGCCGCCGAGAGGGACAAAUGGAUCGAGAACCUUCAGAGGGCGGUGAAGCCCAACAAGGACAACAGCCGGCGGGUGGACAACGUCCUGAAGCUGUGGGUGAUCGAGGCGCGAGACCUCCCCCCCAAGAAACGCUACUACUGCGAGCUGUGCCUGGACGACAUGCUCUACGCCCGCACCACCAGCAAGGCGCGCACCGACAACGUCUUCUGGGGAGAACAUUUUGAGUUCAACAACCUACCGGCCGUCCGCACCAUCCGCCUGCACCUCUACAAGGACACCGAUAAGAAACGCAAGAAGGACAAGAGUAACUACGUGGGGAUGGUGAGCAUCCCCAUCGCCAGCGUCACCGGUCGGCACUUUGCCGAGCAGUGGUACCCGCUCAGCCAACCCAGUGGCAGCAAGAGCAAGGCGGGUUGUCCGGCUCUACGCGUCAAAAGCCGCUUCCAGACCAUGAGCAUCCUCCCCAUGGAGCUCUACAAGGAGUUCGCCGAGUACGUCACCAACAAUUACCGGAUGCUUUGCGCCGUCUUGGAGCCCGUGCUCAGCGUGAAGAGCAAGGAGGAGGUGGCCUGCGCGUUGGUGCACAUCUUGCAGAGCACCGGCAAGGCUAAGGACUUCCUGUCGGACAUGGCCAUGACGGAGGUGGAUCGCUUCAUGGACCGGGAGCAUCUGAUUUUCCGGGAAAACACCCUCGCCACGAAAGCCAUAGAGGAGUACCUGAAACUCAUCGGCCAGAAAUACCUCAAGGAUGCCAUCGGCGAGUUCAUCCGGGCGCUGUAUGAGUCGGAGGAGAACUGCGAGGUUGACCCCAUGAAGUGCUCGGCCUCCACCUUGGCCGACCACCAAGCCAACCUCCGCAUGUGCUGUGAGCUCGCCCUCUGCAAGGUGGUCAACUCGCACUGCGUGUGCCCACGGGAGCUGAAGGAGGUCUUUGCCUCAUGGCGGCUGCGAUGUGCCGAGCGGGGUCGCGAGGACAUCGCCGACCGGUUGAUCAGCGCCUCCCUCUUCCUGCGGUUCCUCUGCCCUGCCGUGAUGUCCCCCAGCCUCUUCGGCCUCAUGCAGGAGUACCCCGACGAGCAAACCGCCCGUACCCUCACCCUCAUCGCCAAGGUCAUCCAGAACCUGGCCAACUUCACCAAGUUUGGCAGCAAGGAGGAGUACAUGGCCUUCAUGAACGAGUUCCUGGAGCUGGAGUGGACCAGCAUGCAGCAGUUCCUCUACGAGAUCUCCAACCUGGACACCCUCACCAACAGCACCAGCUUCGAGGGCUACAUCGACCUGGGCCGCGAGCUCUCCACCCUGCACGCCCUCCUCUGGGAGGUCAUGUCCCAGCUCAGCAAG